UCGGAGCUCGACGUUACUCCACGAUUCGUGAUCGGUCUUCAGCAUCUAGUCCUUGCUGAACUCUUGUCUCGUGUACAUCUACGUCCGAUUAAUCGACAAAUUUGAAUUCAAUAAGUCAAAAUGGCGUUGAACAAAGCCACUAUUAUCAAGAUCUUGGAAUUGGUACUAGUGUGUGUCCUCAUAGGAAUGCACUAUCACUCUUUUACCGAUGCAGGUAUAAACAGUGCGAUGAUCACGAUGGGUACCUUUGGAGGAUACUUAAUUAUCCUGGCGGGUAUAGUCAUUGGAAUUAUCCUUGGAACUGCCAUAGAUCGUCGUUUGGACAUGUUCUUUUCUGUGGUUGGUCUGGUCCUGUUCGUUAUCUCCGGUGCCUUAAUCCUCGACCACUUCACAAAUUCGGUCUACCAUGGCUCGUUCCGCAAUACCGGUAUCGCCAAAGGAUGUAUCAGUCUCGUCGAGGGAGUCUUGUUCCUUUUGGAUGCAGUAUUUUCGUUCCGAGGGAAUGCCUAAAAUACAGAAUAGUCAUUAAGUAAUAUCAGGGACCACGUAAUCAUCGAUUCUUAAGAAUUCAAUUACACCUCGUGAUACGACACGAACGAAAAUUUCAUCGAUAAACUGUUGCCAAAGAUCGAAUCGAUUUGGUUCUCACGAAAAAAUCUUUAAAACUUUUCUUAAAAACGAAGAAAAAA